ACCAGCAGCAGCAGCAGCGACAUCAAUUCACAAUGUUCUCCGUCAGAGCCCUCACCCGCGCCGCCCCGCGGACCAUCAGCCGUGCCGCCGGCGCUUCCCUGCGCUCCUCCGCCAUCGCCCGCCCCGGCCUCGCCAGAACCCCCGCCGUCAAGGCCCUGCUGCCGACCCGGGCCGCCGCCGCCUUCUCCACGACCGUCCGCCGGAGCAAGGAGGAGGAUGUCGAGGUCGACGAGGCCCUCUCCGCCAAGCUGGAGAGCGAGAUCCAGAUCGAGGAGGACAUCAAGGCCAACGAGCAGCAGCCCGCCAGCAUCAAGGACUUUCUCGACAACAGCCCGUUUGAGCUCGUCGACACUCCCGGCCAGGAGGUUGUCAAGCUGAUUCGCAACUACGGCGAUGAGAAAAUCACCAUCAGCUUCUCCAUCGCCGACAUCACCAACUUCGACCCCUACGCCGACGAGAACCUCUUCGACGAGGACGACCUCCCCGAAGAGUCCUCCGACAAGCAGUCCCAGCAGCAGCAGCAGAACCAGGACGACGGCCUCGAGGGCGACGAGGAGGGCCUCGACGAGGACGCCGGCGCCCCCAUCAACCUCUCCAUCCUCAUCGAGAAGCCCGGCAAGACGGCCGGCGCCCUCAACAUCGACGCCACCGCCCGCGACGGCGACAUCGUCGUCGACAACAUGUUCUUCUACGAGGACGCCACCGUCGCCCGCAUCGACAACCCCGAGGCCGCCCAGAAGCGCGCCGACGUCUACCCCGGCCCGCCCUUUGGCAGCCUCGACGAGGACCUCCAGGUCCUCAUGGAGCGCUUCCUCGAGGAGCGCGGCAUCAACGAGACCCUCGCCGCCUUUGUGCCCGACUAUGUUGAUGUCAAGGAGCAGCAGGAGUACCUCCGAUGGCUCAAGAACGUCCGGACCUUUGUUGACGCGUAAGGCCUGAUUGGACCAAAGAAAAAAAAUUAGGCAAUUGGGAGAGAGAAAAUGUAUGAUUUUUAACGUUCGACCAUUUGGGUUACGGUCUGUGUGAGGGAACGAAUGUAACGAUAGAAAAGCUUUCAUAAGGGAAAUGUCCUCACUCAUGUAUCAUAUAACGGGUCAAUGUUGCCCGACCAGGUACCAUAAUUGAUAUCACAGGAAAAUAACAAACGCGCAAAUC